AUGGCCUAUUUUCGAAAUCAUCAAAUAAUUUUACGUCGACUUCAACUUGAAGUUUAUAAUAAAUAUAUAUCAUUAUUACUUCUUGGAGAUACGCGAUGGGGAUCUACAUUUUAUGCUGCAAAUAAUCUUCUAAAAACGAAAAUAGCUAUUCAAAAGAUUACAUUGGAAGAUAAUAUUAAAAUAUCUGAUGAAAUUAAGGAUAAAAUUUUAUCAGAUAAUUUUUGGAUUAAUCUUAAAAUUCUUCAUAAUUUUCUUUCACCUUUUACGACAUUUUUAAGAAAAUUACAAACUGAUCAACCAACACUUUCAACGGCUUAUUCCGAAUUAUGUAAAUUAAAAAUUUCUAUCUCUGAAAAUACUGAAAUUUCAGAUGAUUUUAAAAUCAAUUCAAUUAAUAAGGGAACAGAACGAUGGAAAAAUUUCCUUUAUAAUCCAGUAAUUAUAUUAGCGUAUAAGCUUGAUCCUCGAUAUCAAGGUAGAAGCUUAAAUUCAAAAAAAUGGGAUUCGAUUAUUGAAGAUGAAUUACUACGACUAGUAUCAAGCCAAUAUCAAGAAAAUAUAUUAAUCGAAUAUGCCGAAUAUGUUUCUAAAAAGGGUCAUUUUGCACGACAAUGUUUGUGGAAUUCUAAUCUUGUACAAAAUCCAAUAAAUUGGUGGGGCUUAUUUAAGGGCAGAUACCCUGCAUUAAGUGAGGUUGCACUACGUAUAUUAUCAAUACCAGCCACCUCUGCGGCAUGUGAAAGAAAUUGGUCUACUUUUGGUUUAAUACAUAAUAAGUUGCGUAACAGACUUACAGAUUCGAAAGUAGAAAAAUGUGUUUAUGUUCAAUGGAAUUUACGAAUUUUGAGAGAUUUGGGCCGAGUAGAUGAUUUAAAUAAGGUUACAGAUUUUGUUGAAGAUUUAGUGGUAAAUAAUGAAGAAGAAAAUUCCGAAGAUAUAUUUGAUGAUUUAUUUUCAGAGAAUGAAUUAAUUACAUAUGACGAAAAUGGUUUAUCGCAUAUUAGAAGUUCAUAUUCUUUAAUUCACAAAUCAAAAGUUAAAUUUAAUAAUAGUAAUUUCGAAUUCAGAAAAUAUGGUAAGUUACCGAUUUCAAGAUCAGGUGUGAUCAGUGUUGUUACUAGCCUUAAGGCUAAUAUUUUUUACUUAGCCUUAGCCCUU